AUAUUCUGUAUUGAGCGGAUGGGUAUGUAUAUGAAGCAGUAAAUAAAUCAGAAUCAUAAAGUAACUUUUGUUCAAAUUUGGAUAAUGAACUCGCAUAAAACAGUGGUACAUCGUCCGCGAUUGCGAAAACAGGUUUAUUAGUUCCGGGAGUUUUACUAUCACAGUAAACAAUAAGUAUUUGACUAUCUUCAGCACCGAACCAACAACCAGUGAAUCUAAAAAUUUAGUUUCUCACCAUGGAUCUAGAAACAAUUUCAUCAAAAUUUACCACAGAAGUAUUAGACACAAUCGUCCGCAACCAUGGAGGUACUAGACAUAAAUCAUAUAAAUUCGGUGAUGGUUUCCGCAAGGGUGAUUCGUUUUUAAGCGACGUUUAUCGACUCAUUGUAACCGGAAUCAGAGAGGAUGAAACCGAAUUUGAACUCCAAAUGAUCAUCAAAUCGAUGCCGAAAAGUGUAUCGCGAAGGAAAACAUUUCGGUCAGCUGGUUUUUUCCGGAAUGAAUGCUGCUUCUAUGAGGUUGUGUUGAGAAAGUUUGCUGAAUUUCAGGAGGCGAAGGGUUUUCCGGAUGAGUUUAGUCGAGUUGCAUCUUGUUACGCUACAGUAGUAGACGGUGAAAACGAUUUCCUUGCGUUGGAAGACUUAUCACGCGAUGGAUACAAGACUGCCGACCGAACAAAUGGUCUGGAUUUUUAUCAUUGCAAGAAAAUUAUGACCACUCUGGGGAAGUUUCAUGCCAUAUCACUCGCGAUAAAAGAUCAGGAGCCGGAAGAGUUCAAAAGAAUUGUGGGCGCAAUUGAAGAAAUGUAUUACAGAGAACCAUAUCGCCAGUGGUACGAACCGUACCAAAUAGAUUUUAUAAAUGUUGCCAGGGACGCUAUGUGUCGUGAGUAUGGUGACACCAUGUACGAGAGCAUAAUGAAAGAGUUCACCGGUCCCGGUUUUUUUGACACGAUGAUCCGAUUGGUCAGCACACCGGGAAAAUAUUCGGUUAUUUGUCAUGGUGAUUGUUGGGCGCCCAAUUUUCUUCUCAAAUACGAUGCGGCCGGUUCCGUUGCUGUUGACUCAAAAAUGAUUGACUUUCAGUUAGCUCGAGUCGCAUCACCGGCUACAGAUAUAUCGUUUUUAAUAUACACGUGUACACAGCAGGACGUGCGAGAAAACCAUUUCGACGAACUCGUUCAGAUUUACCAUCGUUCGGUAGUGGAUGUACUUUCAGCGCUUGGAUCGAAUGCUGAGGAAGUUUUCCCAUUUUCUGCUCUACAGCAAGAGCUCAAGAAUUCCGCCCGCUUUGGCGUUGGUAUGGCAAUGGAAGCGUUACCGUAUUGCGAAAUGGAUGAUACAGAUACGCCGAAUCUCGGUGAAAUGGAAGGUGACGAAGCUGUUCCGCUGAAUAAGAUUCUCGUCAUUCAUCCGUGCAAAACGAAAAGCGGACGUCUUAGAAUGGCAAACACAUUCAAACAUGCAAUUGACAAGGGAUUUCUGGACUAAGUUUAAUUACUGAGUUGUAAUUUUUCUCAGGGAACUAAAUAAAUGACGCUAGCCACACAAGAAAACUCUUGGUUCAUUUGCAUUCAGCCGACAUACAGUUGUAAGGGAACUUGCUGAUAAAUAAUAUCACAUCUUGGCUUAUACGAUUGUAACAAUUAAACGAACGAAUUCACUUUGAGUGUGUGAUAAAUUUGGCUUUUUAUUUUUCAUUAAAUUCACAGGGGAACAGGUAAAUUUUGUAAAGAGAAAAAAAUUAUUAAUUUUUAAAUGAACAUAGAUAUCUUACAAAAAGCACAAAGUAGUAGCGCGACGAAACGUUACAAAUAUAUUAUAUAAUCUAAAUGGUGAACAUACACCGAC